AGAGAGAGAGUGAGCGAGAGCGAGAGAGAGAAGGGACGAGAGGGAGGACUCUCGUCGCCAAGAGCCAUGUGCCGCUGCGAGUGCUAAGUUGACGCAGCCGGCCAGGGCGCUCUGAUUAUUCUAUCUUAACGCAUUUCUACUCAUGCGCCUGUUCCCUUGCUCUCUUCUUGCUGCCGCUUCCUCGCAGGCCAGUCUGCUCUGAUCUGCGCGGGUCGUUUGUUUUUGUACGAAGCAGCAGUAGUUUUCGUCUGUCCGAUUCGCUCUCCGUCGGGUCUGGUGAUCGAUCGCCCACAGUUUUGCUGUAUCUGUGGUUUGGUCUGAUCGCGCAGUUACUGUAAAAAGUGUCGUAGGGAUCGUCGAGGACUGGAAGUGUUUGGGCCUUCGGCGUCGGUGUAUCUGAGGCAUCGAAAUGGCCGGAGGCGAGCCUUCGGAACAAGAUGCCGCCAAGUCUGUGGCGAAGGAAAAACGGGUGAUGAGCUCAGAAGUAGUGGAUAGUAAUCCCUACAGCAGACUGAUGGCACUAAAGAGGAUGGGCAUCGUUGACAAUUACGAGAGAAUACGAGACUAUUCUGUUGCCAUUGUGGGUGUAGGCGGAGUGGGAAGUGUGGCAGCAGAAAUGCUCACCAGGUGUGGCAUUGGGCGCUUGCUUCUAUAUGACUACGACACAGUGGAGCUUGCCAAUAUGAAUCGCCUUUUCUUUCAGCCUCAUCAGGCAGGUAUGACGAAGACCGAUGCCGCAGUGCAGACGCUUACUGGAAUCAACCCGGAUGUUGUUCUUGAGAGCUACACUCAAAAUAUCACUACGGUUGAAGGAUUCAAUAAGUUCAUGGGAAGCUUGACACGCAAUAUGAAAGGAGAAAGACUUGAUGGAAAGAGUGGUGUGGACCUGGUCCUAAGCUGCGUGGACAACUACGAAGCUCGCAUGGUUGUCAAUCAGGCCUGCAAUGAACUUGGUCAAACCUGGAUGGAAUCAGGUGUUUCGGAAGAUGCUGUGUCUGGUCAUAUACAACUGUUAAUUCCUGGGGAAACUGCAUGCUUCGCUUGUGCUCCACCUUUGGUAGUUGCGUCUGGGAUUGAUGAAAAGACCUUGAAGCGUGAAGGUGUUUGUGCUGCAUCGCUGCCUACCACCAUGGGAAUCAUUGCGGGACUUCUAGUACAGAAUACUUUGAAGUAUCUUCUCGGCUUUGGUGUGGUCUCGAAAUAUCUGGGCUACAGCGCUUUGAAAGAUUUUUUCCCAACAAUGGAGAUGAAGCCCAAUCCUCAGUGUACAAAUAAUUCAUGUCUUCAGCGCCAGCGUGAGUUUGAAGCAACAAAACCAGCUAGAGACGCAGCAGCAAAGGCUGAGGCUGAACGACUUGCUGCUGAGGAAGCGUUGGCAGCAACUGUAUCAUUACACGAAGAAAAUGAGUGGAACAUAUGUUUGAUGGAUGAUGAAGAACCGAAGGAUGUUCGUGAAAGGGUUCCUGAUAUACCAUCAAGUUCAGGGAAUCUACCAGAGGGUCUAUUUCGAGAACUUCCAGAUUCCGAAGUUUUGGACAAAUCUGUCAUAUCUUCAGAGUCUUUUGUGGAUGCUGAAGGAGAUUUGGAAGACCUGCAAAGGCAACUGGAAGCCCUGAACUCAUUUUGAUACCGUGGAGAUUGUACAGUACACAAUUCGGAUUGAUUGCGUGCGUCAAAUGUUGCAUGUUUAACUCUCAAUUUAUCAGCAUCAUUCAUCCAAGGUGCCAUUGCUCAUGAUUUUGCCAAGGAAGGUCGUACUAGAGUUUUGGUUGUUAGUAUAGGGAGACCGCCCUCAGAUGUCUUUUUCAGUCUUCCACAUCCUGCAAAUCAAGAUUAUUUUUGCAGUUGAAUUUUUACUGACGGAUGCUAUAUGUGCUGUUCAUUUGCCACACAAUUCUCUUCUCAAGCCAACAACCACGUAAGAGCAUUUAAAAAACCUUCACAGACGAUCACAAACACCGAGAAGGCCUUUGAGUUUCGUUUCAAAACUGUUACAGAUUCAAAGCCGAUUUAGAUGUCCUAUUCCGGGGGUGGAUGGCUUGGGUACCCUCAUAUGUGAUACAACCAAUUGAGAUUGUUCCACAUGAAGAUUUUAGACUGCACUCAGUAUUGGUAGGAAAAGGAUCACUUCUUGUAAUCCAGAAAUUAUGCUUUGUAACUUGAAGCAUGUCCACCAUCCGGGGAGAAGCUGUUAGCUGUGGCCUCACCGGAGGCAUGACCAAACGCUCUCAAGGAGAUUGUUCACUGUUGUUCAUGAAUGAAAUUUUGCCCUA